AUGGGCUGCUGUGGGCAGUGGCCGAGAAAACAAGCAGCCACAGUGCUGUUGGCGAUAGCGGCCCUGCUUCAUAUAUGUCAGAGAGGGGAUGCUGUUGAGAUUGCCACAGGUGAAGAUGGGGGCAGUUGUGAAAUGCCAGAGGAAGGAACAGCACACAACGAUGGAUUUCUGCCUUCAUCCUUUGAAGGAUGGUUAGAGGUUCCAACAGAGCGAUUCAACUAUGUUGUCAGUAUCCGCACGGGACACACUAGUAGCAGCCCAGUUGAAGGGCUUGCCAUCGGUGUUUCCUUCUUGGAGAGGGACAUUUGCAGCGGAAUCGUGAUCGGCGGGUCAUGGGUGCUUACUGCUGCACACUGCAUAGCAAUUGUGGGCACAAGACCCCUGGUGGUCUUCAAUUCACAAGCAGAAGGCUCUUCGUGGCUUGGUGGCAACCCGGUCCACAAAUGA